AUGUACUCCUUUACCAAAACAUCUAAGUUUGAAGGUAUAUCAAAUAAUUCAUUAAUUUUAACUGACAAUAUCAAUACAUUUUAUCCUAAGGAGGAUCAAGAAAAUAAAGAAGAAGAAUAUUGUAAAGAAAAGAAAAAUAUUAAUUGUUGGUUUCCAACAACUUUUCAAAUACUUCAAUUUAUUUUUUCAUUUAAAAUUUGUUAUCUUAUUCUUUAUUUUAUUCAGUUACCACUUUGUAUACCACUUUCAAUUGCCAUUUGGUGGGUUCGUAGAUUGUGUUCAGAAAAAAAAGUUGUUGGAAGUAGUUGA